CGGUAUCAGUGCAAUCCAAGCUCUUGCCUUGCAAACCUUAUCCCUUGCAACCACACAAUGAGAGUACUCCUGGCUCUAACUUUCCUGGCCACCUUGGCCCUUGCACUCGCCUUUCCCCAGGUGGAACAUGGAUCUGUAAAUGGACCCAGUGGCCGCUUUCCCAUGACGAAAAAUUGGGCGCAACCUCCGGUGGAUCUGCGAAAACCCAUUAUCUUUCUGCCAGAGGCCACGCCCAUUCACGAAGCCCAGGAAUCUCGCCCCCGACAAGCCAGACAUCACAAGAGUGGAUAAAUGCCAAGGAACACCUAUUUAUUAAUUAAUUAUGGAACACACAGCAAGUGUAUCUGUUAUAAAGAGAAUCUGUUGCGUUGAUAUCAUAUAGAUAGGCAUUUUAUUUAGCAAAGCCUCGGGAAA